AAAUACUGCAAAUAUUAUAAAGAACUAUUAACCUAUGUUGACAAAUUUCUUCAAAACGUGUAACGAAAACAUCAAAAAAUAAGUACAACAUAGCAGUUGGAGGAUUUGGAAUAAAGGAAUACUACAAAAUAAUUCAAACAAACUACACUGAAAUAAUGUUUGAAUGGACAACUAUUUUAAGAUGUUUUACUGAAUAUAGUGGGGGUGUUAAAUCCUAUAUGGCAAUUCAAAAACUUGUAAUGGUAUAAUUGCCAGCAAUUGUGAUUGGGAAGGAUGUGAGCCAUCAACGCAUCAUGUACACGUGGUUGCAGUUGGCUGAAUCCAUUGCUAAUCAUCCUAAUUCAGUUUUACAUGGUUGCAUUAAGGCUUAGUUCAGGGAUUGCUGCCACACAUCAGCCACUUUUUCAGAUGCCUAGAACACCUGAAUAUGAAGCUUACUCAUGUUGUCGAAACUAAUAAGGCCAAACUAAUAAAAGUGUCAAUUGGAUAAAAAACAUCAAAAACUGUAUAAAUAGGGAGAAUACUUUAAGAAGGAUAAGACAAGAAAAUCUGGCAUUCCAUUCAUGGCAGCUCAAAGGAAUUAACUUGGGUUCCAUCUAUGAUAAGGAAGAUGAAAAUGGCCAAAAGGAAUCCCACGGUGACACUGAUAUGUACAUUAUUAGGAAUGAUGAUUUCACAAUCACAUGCUGUAGAGAUUAAGAGAGAAUUGUACUUGGGGGAUGCCUUCCAAACCCCAUCUUGUUUUAUGUCCAGUUACUGCCAGGCUCGUAGGGCAGAAUUGCCAACAUCAGGGGAUAGGUGCAAGUGUGUAUGUCGCUCACCCUACCUCACAUACCACCAGGGAGUGGAUACCUGUGUUAUUGCUAUUCCUGAGUGCCAAAGUCUCCAGAUGGGGAGUGGUUCCAGUUCACCACCUGUCAUAUAUUUGCCAAGGACUGGCAACAAAAUUAUCCCAAGUUCACCAUUGUACUCAAACUCCAAUGGUACAGUUGCUUUAAGUGGUAUGGCAGAGUGUACUAUUGGAACAGUCUCUGUUCUGGGAGAGUCCAAUACAUGGGACAGUAUCACAUAUGGGCGUGGCCUUCUAAUUGUGCCCAUAGAGGGGAAGCUCUACCUAGAGUGGAAGGGUGACAUACCUAGCAGGGACAAUCUACGGGGAAACCUGGUGAAAGUUGAAGUCUCGUGCAUGUUGGAGGACGUCACCCAGGAGAUGUGUAUCACUGUGAAGAUAGAUGGCACCACGGGUGCAGCUGUGACUGAGCCAGAAGAUGAAAUUGAACCAACAGAACCCCCAAAGCCAACCACAACAACAACUGUACCUCCACCAGUCCAAACCGAUCCUCUGAUGCAACAAGUGAUGAUUACGCUAAUCGCGAUUGCUGUAAUCAUGGUAAUCAUAUUUUCUAUGGCUAUAUGUGGCCUGUGUUACUGCCGAUAUGCUGAUAAAAAGGAGAUUGAGAAGCGCAUGAUGAGAUACAAAGAGGUUCAGGAAAACUGGGAAUAUACUUCACAGAGAAGUUAUGAAAUCUUCAAUCGCAGAAAAAGUUUGGAUAGUUUAAGAAGUGUAAAAAGUGGAGUUCUAAAGACCAGCGGUAGUGUUAGAAGCAUGCGACAGAAGAAGAAACGAGUCUCAUUCCAGGAUACGCUAAUCGUCCAUAAUAUCGAUACAUCAGAAGAUGUUGAGGCCGAGAUCCAAGAAGAUGAUGAGAAACACACCGCAGACAAAUACACUCAAGAAAAUUAUAAACGACAUUCAAGGUAUUCAAUGCAUUAUAUCAAGAAUAUCGUCCAAAUAGGACAGACUAAAGUAGAUGACAACUCAAAUAGUGAAACAUCUUCAGUUUCCUCAUCUCAAGUUGACGAAACUGUCAAAUCAACUAAACGUGUCAGCAAAACAAAGAAGACUAAAAGUGAAGAUAAAGAUGCAAAUGUAAACCAGGAAACAGAGGAACCAGAUAAGAAUGACAAUGAAAAGAAUGACAAGGACGACAAGGACAAUAAUAUUGCUCAGGUUCAUGACAAGAAAAGUUCAAUGAAAAAUAAAAAUAAGAUACCUCAAAUUAAAGACAAAGGUGAAGUAAAAGAUGAUAAAUACAAAGAGAAAGGGCAUAAAUAUGAAGUAAAAGAAGAUAAUCAUGAAGUCAAACAAGAUAAUGUUGAAGUAAAUGAAGACAGUGCUGGUAAUGAAGACAAUGUCAGUAUUGAGGACAAUGCUAGUAAUGAAGACAAUGCUGGAAAAGACAAUCAUGGAUAUGACACUGAUGUAAUUCACUCAGACAGUGAUGACUCUGAUAUUCUCGAAACUGAGACAAUCGUCCAUGUUCCUCUGGGUGAAAUUGUGAAAUCCUACGAGUCCUCACCCACUGAUGAUAGCCAAAGUGAGAGGACUCUGAACACAGGUGCUGAGAACAGUGACAAUGAUGAAGUUGAUGAAUCAAUAGACACUGAUGAAGUUGUAAUAGGAAUUGAGGAGAGUGAGGAUGAAGAGAAGGAAAAUGAUGAAGUUGAUGAAAAAUUCUUUAGGAAAGAAGAACGUAGACUAAGUGUAAAGGAUAUGGUUGCGAAAUAUGAUGAUGGAGAUGUUGUUAUUAAACCAUCUCUGUAUAAAAAGAAAAAAGAAUCGAGGCCUAAAAGUGUAUACUGGUGAUAGUACAAAACCUUAAAAUGUUCAAGCACCUUUCUAAAGGAACACAACUAAUAUACUGUUCAUCAUUAUGUAUGAACACUUUAACAUUAGUUCCGAUGUCAACUUUGCACAAUGACCACGUAAAUGCUGAUUUAAAUUUAUACUUUUUCAUAAAUGAUUCAAUACAUGUACUUUCUUACAGUGGUGUACAACCUUCAUUCCAUUUAAUGUGAUAAGUAUAUUAAUAAUAAAAAAGAUCAUAUUAGGCAAUCAUCUAAGUCACAAGCACCUUUAUAACAAGCUAAAAUAUACAACCUCUACUAAAAAAAACUACUAGUAUGCAGUACUAAAGUGUACAUUUGAUUUUGAAUAUGAAAACUAUCUGUGACUUGUUUAAUAUUGUUUAAAAAUCUGAAUAGUCUAGCAACAAGCCCCUGUGAUAUCUCCCCUCAACUUGACUACAUACAUUCUGACACAGGAAUGAGUUG